UUUUUUUUUUUUUUUUUUGGGGUGGGUGGGGGAGGGUGGGCAUCUCCGGGCUUUGCCGACAGCACCUCCCAAGCCGGAGACUGCAGGAUGGCAAACUACCGGAGAAUAAAUGAAGCAGGCUGAGAUGCUGCUGGGGGUUUAACAGAGAAAGAAAAAAAAAAAAAAAAAAAAAAAAACAGAAAAAAAAACCAAACUGCAGGAGGGAUCUGCGGUCCAUGCUUGAAAUCGCCCAUUUAUUCCUGGCAUCGGGGGUCUGGUGGCACCAGCCAUGGAGCCGUACGUGCUGCUGGACCCACGGCAGAGAGCACUGUAUCGAGAUGUGAUGCAGGAGAGCUAUGAGACGCUGAUGGCACUGGAAUUCCCUGUUUCCAAACCCGAUCUGCUGUCCCGCUUGGACCACAGGGAUGAACCUACAGCCCUGGAUCUCCAUGUGCCCAGGGACACACCAACCGCAGAGGAUGGAGCAGGAGUGGAGCAGGAACCCCCUCAAGAAGAAGCUGCCGAGAAAGAGCCUGAAGUGGUGAAACCUGCAGGUGAGGAGCAUCCUUCAAGCCUCGCCAAGACUGGGGCAAAGGCAGGCAAAAGCAGGGGACCGGGAGAGACGGGCACGCGCCUGGGCGAGAGCCAGCCCAGCAACACGUGUGGCGAGUGUGGGAAGAGCUUCAGCCACAAGUCAGCCCUGGUGAAGCACCAGAAGAUCCACACCGGUGACCGCCCACACGCGUGUCCUGACUGCGGCAAGUGCUUCAUCCAGCGCUCGGACCUCACCAUCCACCAGCGGGUCCAUACAGGGGAGCGGCCUUACGCCUGCCCGGACUGCGGGCGCCGCUUCAGCGUCAGCUCCUCCCUGCUCACCCAUCAGCGUACCCACGCGCCCGGCGGGGAGAAACCCAACCGUUGCCCCCAGUGCGGCCGCAGCUUUGCCAAUCCAGGAGCCCUCGACCGGCACCAGAAGAGCCACCUGGGUGGGAAACCCUACGAAUGUGGUGUGUGUGGGAAAGCCUUCGCCUGGAGCUCCCACCUUGAGCGGCAUCGGCGCAUCCACACCGGUGAGAAGCCCUUCCAGUGCGCUGAAUGCGGCCGAGCCUUCGCCUGGAGCUCCCACCUCGACCGCCACAUGCGCACCCACGCUGCCGCUGCUACCUCGGAGGAUGAGGAGGAUGGGGAAGCAGUGGAAGACCCCCCCCCCCCCAAGAAAUGUGCCGACUGUGGCAAGCGCCUCAACCACCAGACCGACCCGCAGCGCUUCAAGCACAAGGGCACCCAGACACCACCGUCCGGUGCCAAAGCCACCAGCAGCCCCCCACGGCCCUACCGCUGUGAGCAGUGCGGCAAAUGCUUCGGUCAGAGCUCCAGCCUCCUCAAACACCAGCGUGUCCACACUGGCGAGCGGCCGUACCCCUGCCCGCACUGCCAGCGCUGCUUCCGCUGGGGCUCAGCCCUGGCCAAGCACCAGCGCACCCACGCCCGGCAGCAGCAAGCUGGUGACUCCACUAACGCCGUGCUGGCAACCGCUGAGGAAGCCGUCACUGGAGGAGGGGGCAAACCCUACCCGUGUGGGGCGUGCGGGAAGAGUUUUGGCUGGGUCUCACACCUGGAGCGCCAUCGCCGCAUCCACACCGGGGAGAAGCCCUUCCGCUGCGGGGAGUGCGGGCGGGCGUUCGCCGUCAGCUCCCACCUGGAACGGCACCGCCGGGUGCACACUGGGGAGCGGCCCUACCGCUGCGGCGAGUGCGGGAAGAGCUUCGCCGUCAGCUCCACCUUGCUGGCUCAUCGCCGUACCCACGCCGCCCAGCCGGGCCGACCCCACGCCUGCCCUGAGUGUGGCAAGGGUUUCAGCACGCCGGCCAGCUUGGAGCGGCACCGGCGGCUUCACCGCGGGGAGAAACCCUACCAGUGUGGCGUCUGUGGCAAAGGCUUUGCCUGGAGCUCCCACUAUGACCGGCACCGGCUCACCCACACCGGUGAGAAACCCUUCUCCUGCGCCCACUGCGGUAAAUGCUUCGGUCGCAGCUCCCACCGCAACCGGCACCAGCGUGCCCACACGCAGGGCGGCCCAGAGAAGCGGCACAUCUGUCCCGAGUGUGGCAAAGCCUUCGGCCUCGGCACGGCCCUGGCAGCUCACCAGCGACUGCACAGCACCAGCGCCGGGGGCCACAGGCCCCUCUCCUUGCUGCCGCCGGCGUGGUGGGAGGGGGAGCGGGAAAGCGACACAGCUUGGGUGUACGGGAGUGGACCCGUUGGUAAAAUCAUCCAGGGAACCCCCUUCCGUGGGGGACUUUUGGGGGGCAAACAGCUCAGAGAAGAGCUACGGGGACCUGCAUCCGUCACCAGCUCAGCUGCUUCCUCGCUGGGACCCCCGAAAUGCUGCUCGAGUUGCACUAAGGGCAGUUUGGGAUGUGUCAAGCCGGGAAUUCGGCAGGGGUGGAGAGGCUGGGUUCCCUCGGCUCGCGUUAGCAGGUAAUAAAAGUAGAAGGCAGUUCAGCAAAAAAGAAAAACCCCUUCACAUGUCUCGGCCUGGUUUUGUCUUUGGAGAGGGGGAAGAUGCUCGUGGUGUUUCCCGCCGGCAGCAGGGAGAAGCGAUGAGGCC